AUGGACUUACUUGCUGUCCUUUUAAUUCUAGAUGAUGUAUUUACUCGUUGCUCAACAACUGGUAUAGAUCAAUCAUGUUCACAUCCAUCUCUUUUCCAUUGUCCACUUUCAUUGAAAUGUAUUUCAAUACAUCGACUUGUUGAUGGUGUUUUCGACUGUUAUUUUGGUGAAGAUGAAGUAUUUCCUACUUGUCAACUCAAUGAUUCACGACGAUUUACAUGUAAAUCUGAACCAAACAAAUGUUUAUCUCCAAUAGCAUUGUACAAUGGCAAGGCUGAUUGCAAAAAUAAUGAGGAUGAAAUGACUGAAACUCAACGUAAUAUUUUACAUGGAUAUAUACCGUUUGGUCUCUUAUGUGAUGGUAUAAACGACUCAUUAUUAUUAGAAUUGAAUGAAACCGAUGAAACAAAUUGUGAAUAUUGGCCAUGCAAUAAUCCUUAUACUCGAUGUAAUGCUUUUCGAAAUUGUUUUAAUGAAAUAUGGUAUUGUAAUCGAGGAAUUCUUAUUCGUUUCAAUAUAAACGAAACAAAAAAAUGUCUUUGUCCACCUAGUUAUUUCGGUAAUCGAUGUCAAUGGCAAAAUCAACGUAUCAGUUUAACACUUCAAUUAGCAUAUCGUACUGUUAGUUAUACUAUUGCUGUUUUUCAAAUAAUAAUUCUACUUAUCGAUGAACAAAGGCAAAUUUCAUCAUAUUAUGAACAAAUAACAUAUGUACCAAAACGUGAUUGUGAUACAAAAUUUAAUCUUUAUAUACUUUAUCCAGAUAGACCAAAAAAUUUCUCAACUAAUUAUUCAAUACAUAUCGAUAUAUUUGAUAAAAUAUUGUUAACAUAUGUAGCAAGUUGGUAUCUAUCUAUUCCAUUUCAAUUUUUACCCGUCAAUCGAAUUGCUACUCAAUUAUUUAUUCCAAGCAUUUCAUUAAUUACAAA